AUGUUCGGCUUGCACGACCACGUCAUUGAAGACGCCAGUCCAAUGCCAAACCCAUCCCGCUUUUCUUUCGGCGCUACCGACCUCCACGAGGACGAUCUUGAAGCCAACUGGCCGGCAACUCAGAUGUAUCACGACCUCUACACUCAAGAUCUGGCUUCCUCCCUUGCUCAAUCUCCCAUGAGCGACGCUUACAGAAUAGACGUCUUGGCUUGGGACCCCAAGGUCCGCCUUAUCGAGCUAGAGCUGCUCUUGGAACAGCCCGGGGUCUGGGAAGCGUACCUUUCCGAUCUGAACUCUAUGGCCACAUCCCACCCAAACGUCGACCUCGAAGACACUUAG